AUGAAGUCACCUUCAACUGCCGUCUCGCUACUCCUCACAAAUCUACAGCUUCUGGAUUAUGACAAUGACCCCGAGCAAUCCUUCCCUAUCACUUCCGACGUAUUCACCUCGCUGAAAAACAAGGGUAAAGCCUUCGAGCACAUUGCCUAUCACCUAUUCCACAUCCUUGACCCAGAGGAAUGUGCUAUCAGGUUGGAUACAUGCUGGCCAAUAUUCGAACCCGCCCAGUCGCGUGAAUUGCGCAACGCCGUCUUUAAAUGGCUCUCGGAUCUCAAGAAGAAUGGCCAAUUAGGGGGAAACGUUCUAGUUCGGCGGACGCUGUUGGACGAUUGCUCUGGGGAUCGAUACGAGGAAUUACUACUAGCACUAUCCACAUAUGUCCUACGAAAUCAACUCGAGAAGGGGGAUAUCCAAAAUGCAAUUUGCAAAACGUUCGCCUAUAAACAAGCAUCCUCGCUUUCCCCUUCACCCAAAGCUCUGGAGGCCUUGAUAUUAGCACAUGAAUCAUCACUGACACGUCUUCUCCAUUCACGCCGUUUGUCAAAAUCGCAAUGGUCUUCAUUCGCCGCAUUUCUAGACUCCAAGGAGUUACAGAUUUCGGUAAUUUCAGAAACCCUGUCGCAAUUGACUACUAGAGAUCAACCAACGAUUCUCCCAAGGGGAUACGAAGAAGAGGUUUUGCGCAAAUGGAGGAAUAAUUGGCUUGGUGAUCAGAGAUGGCUCGAAAUUUUAUUGAAAGGCGAUCCAGAGUACAUGAGAGACCAAUUUUUUGAGCUGCCAUUUCACAAGGCGUUGAGCAAGCAUCAUCAUUUCAAGAACGGGCUGGUCGGCGUGAGAAAUGGAGACGUUAGCCUUCUAGCACUAGAGAAGCAAGUCCAAGAGCAAAAGAAUAGAUUGAGAGAGCUACGUCAAAUAAGAGAGGAGGCUCUGAGGGCAACCCCAAGAUUUGAUUCUACAACCCUCCCUGGUAAGGCGAAGGCUGGAUCGGAUGCUCCGAACGAGAAGACAUGCUUGAAGGUGGUUUUUGACCAACAUCAGAGCCUGCACAGUGGCCAAGUAAAAAUAGCCCAUGGGUAUAUGGAUGGUCAGAGGAACGAAUAUACCGAACUCAUGGACGCUUUGCGUGAAGACUUAACGGCGGCCGGAAUACCUGCAAGACGCGAAGUAGCUACUGUUUCACCGGAGUACCGGCUCCAUCCAGUGCCAAGUAGGCCGGCAAUUCAAACGGAAGUACCGGGAUUUGAAAGAAAGGACACGGACGGGGAUGAGGAAAUGCCUGAUAGUGAAUUACCAGAAAGUGAAUUAUUGAUUUCCGAUUAUUCACGAUAUGGAAACGAAUCAGAUAUUGAAAUGUCCGAAUCACCUCUACAAAGGCCCUAUGACCACCAGGAUAAUCCUUUGAUAAAGGUUUCCCAACAAAUUGAGGACUACGAGCCGCAGCCAACAACCCCUAGCGAUGCCUUAUAUCAGGAUAAUGAUGACGAAAAUGAGGGAUUCAGUGAGUUCGAGGGGUCAAUAGUCAUUCCUAAUCUACAAUCAAGUCAUGUAGACCCUGCUUCCCCACUGCCACCACCACAAAGCAAGCCACGAAUGCGGGAUUCGUUGGGAUUCGAGGGGUUUGGGGACGAUGAGCUUCUAGCAGAACAGAUUGUGUCAACUAUGGCUGCAACCAACUUUUCGCCAGAGAAGCCAUCUCCACUCAAGAGAAACCAGCAGCGGCACGCUUUUAGGCCUCCAGCCUUGGAUGACACGUUUGAGAUGGAUGAAAGUAGAUUAAAACUUAACAUCGGUCAACUGCAGAGCACACAGUAUGAGAACAGCGAGCAGUCAUCUUUUUUAAAUUCACGUAGAGAUAACUUUUCUACACCGAUAAAAGCUCCACUCGCUUCCCCAACUCGUAAAGAAGAUCUCUUACGAUCAACGGACUAUAAUUCCGUCUUUAAGUCUCGACCGAAGAUAGCCGUGUCCCCAAUUCUGACACCGGCUGGUGGCUCGCCGUUACCAAACUUAUCCCUAGUUUCUGGAAUGAGCAUGAAUCCAGAAGCAGUAUUUUCAGAGGACGACAUGGCAGACUUUGCGGCGGGCUACGCUGCAUCGCCGCUGAUUAGGAAGAAUGCCAGAAAGAGGGAUAUGUAA